AUGAAUAAGUUAUAUAUUGAAUCGAUAAAGGCAUCAGCAGAAUUGAUCCCUAUUGACAUUUAUUUUCUCUUGAAGAUCGGUGAACAUUGCCAAUUUUCGAACAUUUUAAGUGUAAACACAUCAAUCGACAUUUAUAUUCUAGUUGUAAUAGCAAUCUCAAACAUGCAACAUGUGCAUUCAGUAUUAGGCCAGGGAAAAGUAGCCGAUUUCGAUCGAAUGUUGGGCAUAUGACCAGCAUUUAGUACCUAAAGCAUUCUUCGGCAAAGAAACUUUGACGAACACUACACGCAAGAUCACACUGGAUGGAAUGGAGAUUUAAAUUCGGCAAUCUCAAUAGGAAAGGAGCAGAACCCCGGAGAUCGCUAUGAAAAGAGAUGCUUCACCCUUCGGUAGAAGAGAUUUAACUCCGAAAAGAGAGAAAAAAUGA